AUGUGUCCGGAUGAGUUUGAAUUUGAGAAAACGUUGGGCACAGGGGCCUUUAGCAAGGUUUUGGUUGCGCGUUACAUCCCGACCGGGGUGCGAUAUGCCGUUAAGCUCAUCUCCAAGCGCAAAAUCCUGACCGCCCCUUCAGAUGAGGAGAGGAAUCGCAUGGCUGAGGUGGCGCGAAGAGAAACGCAUAUGCUUCUUAUGUGUAACCACCCGAAUAUAGUGUGUUUUCUUGCCUCGAUGCAAACACCAGAUGAUCUUAUGUAUGUGACGGAAUUGUGCGAGGGAGGGGAGCUCCUUUACGCCAUUACAUCACGCCAAAAAUUACCUCUUGAGGCCGCACGUUAUGUUUUGGCAGAACUUUUUUCUGCAGUUUGGUACUUGCAUUAUGCGCCUAAAAAGAGUCUUCCAAUCAUCCCCAAUGCACCUCUGAAACCAAUUACAAUUUUGCAUCGGGAUAUCAAGCCAGAAAAUAUUAUGCUUACAAGCACCAAGCAUAUUAAGCUCAUUGAUUUUGGCACGGCCGUAGUAUGCCAAUCCGUUGAUGAGCGUCCAGAGGGUGAACAAGGUAGUAAAGGUCGUGCCCAAACCUUUUGUGGUACCACGCAUUAUAUGUCGCCUGAGCUGUUACAAGACAAUUAUACAUGUACUGCCUCUGACUACUGGGCGUGUGGUUGUGUAUUAUAUCACAUGUUGGUCGGGAAACGUCCCUUUGGUGAGCCAACAGAAUAUCUUCUUAUAAAAAGCAUACUUGAGAAGGAGCCUUGUUACCCUGAGGACUUGGAUGGCGAUGCGAAGGAUUUGAUAUCAAAGCUCCUUUUAAAAAACCCAGCUCAGCGUCCUGGGAUGGAAGAAGUAAAAGGGCAUCCCUUCUUUGAGAAAGUUGAUUUUGAUACUCUUACAACGACGGACGUGGAGCGCUUUUGGGUUCGCAAGGUGGAAUGGGUGGAUGACUCGACAGUUAGCUUUUGCAAGGAAUGUGGUACAUACUUUGGAUUUUGGAGACGGCGACACCACUGUCGGAGGUGCGGGAAUGUGUUCUGUAACUCAUGUUCGUCUAAAACUAGUGUCAUUCCGGAGUCACUAUACACAAACCCAGAGAGAGUAUGUAACAGCUGUUUUAAUGAGGUCCAUAAUGCUUGA